UUGCCUUGUUCACUGCAGUUUCUAUUUUAGGUAGUUGCUGGCAGUGAGUUAUAGCCACUGGAGGAAGGUAUAAAUUCAGACGCAGGGAGCAGGGCUGUUGAGCAACAUCCUGGCCUUGAUUUAAUACACUGUUCCAGGCAAUACACUGGUGUGCGAGCAAACACAGGAUUGGAAAGAAAGAUCUCUGCCCCUUACAGCAAACAGAGGGAGUAUCAAGGAAUUCAUUCCGCAGCUAAAAGACUAUGACCUCUUUUCUUAGGAAGACAGCAACUUUGCACGCACAAGCAUGAGAGCCAGGCGGCUGAUCUCCGUGACCCACCUGCCUACGAUCAGCGAGACAGGGGAGAUGCUGUUUUUGGGAGGGAGCCACGCGCAGGCCAAGGAGCCCCUGGCCGGGCUGGAUGAGUACGUUCAGUCCAUUAGCCAGCUGGCCCAGCCAUCCUUGCUGUCCAGCGGGCUCCCAUGUCCUUGCCAGAGCAGCCAGAACAAGCCUCACAAGCCCCAGAGGGCACGGGCAAAAGUGGCCCGGAGCGGGGUCGCACUCCUCAGCCCUGAGAAAGUGCAGGGCAAUGCAGCGUCACUGCAGGACAUCACAGCCCAGUUCAACCAGCAGCACAGCCCCUUGGGGCUCACCGGCAGCGCUGACCCUCUAGCCUGGCUCUUUGGACUCUCAGAAGCAAAGGAGCAUAGCCUGGGACUGCGGAGAUGAGCUCCCUGCUCCCUGCUCCUCCCAGAUGGCCACCAACACAGGUUGCCCAGCAGCCCCCCAGCAGACGGCCUGGGGGAACCUCAAUGCCACCAGCAGCUCAGCCCAGAAACUGAGCGGCCCAGCCCCACCUCUGGAGCGGAGAUGCCGCUGGCAGCGAUCACGCAGACGGCCAGCUCUUCCCAGCUGUGUGGUGAGGGGCAGGCCCAGCAGGGCCCAGAGCACCCGCCUACCUGUCAUCUAUGAAUUGUGAUGGACUCUAAUAAAACUCACUUGUAAAUGGUG